UUGUUAAUAUUAAAAUCAAAAUAAAAGGUAAACAAUUGUUUGUUUCCUAUUUUAUUAUAUUUUUAAUCUUUGUUAUUAUUAGUUUUAAAAUCAUUGUACCUUGAUAAGUGACGGUAGUUCUUAGUGCCAUGUGUCUUCAAAUCGGAAACUUAAAGAUUUUAUAAGCCAUUCAAGUAUAAUACCAUGUCGGUGAUGUACACUAUUGUACUGGCGAUCAUCUCAUGCUUCUGGUAUAUAGUCGCGGGAGCGUUGUUCUUGGGGAUCGUCUUUUUGGCGAUCAGGCACGACCUAGUGUCCGCCGCGAUCGCCAGAGAGCUUCAUCGUCAAACACCGGUGAUAGUUACAGUUGUCGACGAUGACGAACAAAACUACUACUGGACGAACGCAGCCCGACGGCUGACUUUCGAGGCCGUACCGCCCGCGGUAAGGAUCCAAAUCUUGAUCAACCUUUUGCAAAAGUUCAAGGCUGACCGGCUGGAUCCGAUGGACAAGCGCCUCAAAACAGUCACCGCACGGCUAACCAGAAUGAUGGCCACGUAUCGACGGGCUCGAAUGGCCUACGAUUUUGAGACAUCAGAAUUGUACGAACUAUGCGCUUCAAAUAUUCGUCUGACAAUGUCGGUCGGAACAAAUACAGAAUACGGCGAAAAUUCAAUGAUUUAUAAACCAAGAAUUGUCAAGAAAGAACUUGAAUCGCUGAAUAAGGAAGUUUCCAUCGUUGAGCCAUCUGUUCAAUCAUUAUCGGAGAAACCGUUGACUUCUGAUGUAAAAUCCCAGUCGAAAUCGAUACAUUCUGUUGAGAAAAGUCAGUCGGGAUCUCUAGAAAAAUCUUCUGAUUCCACCGUUCAACCGACACAACCAGAAUCCCUUACCGAGACACUUAACGAACUGGCGGCGUCUCUUAUAUCAGUUAUUGCAUGGUUUAAAAAUGCCUUGACCUCAAACGUGUAUAGGAGAAAAGCUGUUGCAGUUUAUCAAGCGAUCAAUUCGACACUUAAUUCCCAAUAUCUAAAAACAUUCUUUAAAUUCGUUUUUGACAGUUUUGAUAAAAUUGUCAAACUUUAUACACACAUAGACAUGGAUGAUACUGACAUUACAAAAGUCAUGAUAAGAAUACCAGCAACAGAAAAUGACGAAGAGUGAUUACAAGUUUUUAAAUUAAUAAUUAUGCAUAUCGCUGUAAACCACUAGGUAUCAAAUAAAAUAGAUAUUAACUGAUAAAA